CCGUGGGGGCGGUGCCAAAGCUUCUGCGGGGCUUUGCGCGCAGUCCGCCCUCCAAGCUCCUGGGAUUUGCUCCACUAUGGCUCCCAAAGGCAGUUCCAAGCAGCAGUCCGAGGAGGACCUGCUCCUUCAGGAUUUCAGCCGCAACCUCUCGGCCAAGUCCUCAGCGCUCUUUUUCGGGAACGCCUUCAUCGUGUCCGCCAUCCCCAUCUGGUUAUAUUGGCGGAUAUGGCACAUGGAUCUUAUUCAGUCUGCUGUCCUGUAUAGUGUGAUGACCCUAGUAAGCACUUAUUUGGUAGCCUUUGCCUACAAAAAUGUGAAAUUUGUUCUCAAGCACAAAGUAGCACAGAAGAGGGAAGAUGCUGUUUCCAAAGAAGUGACUCGAAAACUUUCUGAAGCUGAUAAUAGAAAGAUGUCCCGGAAGGAAAAAGAUGAAAGAAUCUUGUGGAAGAAGAAUGAAGUUGCUGAUUAUGAAGCUACCACAUUUUCCAUCUUCUAUAACAACACCCUGUUCCUCGUCUUGGUCAUCGUUGCGUCCUUCUUCAUACUGAAGAACUUCAACCCCACAGUGAACUACAUUCUGUCCAUCAGUGCUUCAUCGGGGCUCAUCGCCCUCCUGUCCACGGGCUCCAAGUAGACCCUGCUGGCGCCACCCCCGGCUGUGUGCCUGUGGCACAUGGAGAAGCAGCAGGCUGGUCAGGGUGGGGGACGCAGAAGGUGUUUUCCUAGUCUGGAGUCUGAGGGCUUGAAAAACCCAACAAAAUGCACCUCAGUAUUUGUUUAUUGCCUCUUCUUUGACAGACUGUUGAAAUUAAAUAAAUUGAAAGGGAAACUCAGAGUACUAGGACAUUUAUUAAAAGGCAAAAAGUGUCUCGCAAUGUGCUAUAAUCACAAGAGGAGAAAACCUGUUUCCUUGCUUUGUCAGAGGUCACAGUAACCUGGACUGCCUGUUAUUAUUUAUAAUAAUAGCAAGAAGUUAAUAACUGGUUCUCUGUGUUCCAAGCACAGUAUUACAACUUUUUUUGAACUUUAAAUAUCAGAAUGAAUCCCUGGCGGGAGAGGGGUGGGGGCUGGGAGGAUUGAACUUCGUGUUUAUAAUCCCCUGAAUCUCUGAUUUAACUCAAAGUUAAAAACAUAGCUUCUCCAACUUGGGGAAGAGCAACUGUGGAAAAGUACUGUUUUUUAAUAAAAGAAGGAAAGGUAGCCAGGGUAAUAACCUAAAAAUAGUGGCCAGGCAUAUGAGAGUUGUCCCGUGGGGUUAAAGCACACACUGUUCAGCUGUACAGCUUUGGCCUUGGGUGGUCAGGGAGGUCAGUUCGACCCUCCCAUGCUGGUUGACUUGUUGAGAGGCUGGAGUCAUUGUUUCCUUUGAGUAUGGUCUCAGCCCACUGGAGGAAUGUUCGCUGAGAGAGAGAACCUCUUUCCUGAGUAUUGAAGUGUAAAAGCCAAAGUUAUUUUUAUGAUCUUAGUUCCAGAAUUCUAAGAACACUCCAAGGAAUUAUGGCGAUUUUAGUGCUUUUUGGCAUUUUUCCACUAGGACUUUUAUAAAUUUGACCCUUUUAGUCCAUAGGUUCCUAUCGAUUAUGAGUAAAAUAUUGAUCUCUUCAGCCCUUGGGGCUGAGAGCAGUUGCUUGCAUUUUUUAACCAGUGUGUGUAUACAGAUACUAUCAUUUUCUGUGUGUGCCAUGAUUUGAAAAAGUUUGGGAAGCUCUUCUUGAAACAGUAUCCUUUAAAAGGUUCUGAAAUCCCAGGUGAUAAAUGGUUUCAUAUUCCUAUUAGCUUUUGACCCCUCUAGUAAUUUCUUAUAAGCAGUAGCUCAAAGGAAAUACCAUUAUUUCUAGUUCCUAUUCUUAGCUUUAAUGUUUAGUUUCCAUUUCUUAAUUUAAGAUGAAUGUUGCAAAAAUACUUCUUCUUUUAUUUAUAACUUUGUAGAAAGGUAUUUUCGAGGAGUUCAUUUCUUGGUUCCACGCUGUUGGAAGUUUUGGUGGGCCACAUUCCAAGAACUUGGAAAGAAGACAUUUGCAUAAUAACCCAGAUGUCAUCGUCUUCAGUUGAAGAUUAUAUUUCAUCGUUGCUUCUAGAAGGUUGAAAUUCUUUACUUUUCUUUGGUGCGUUAUCAUGCACGUGCCAUCACUGGAUAAUAUGGAGCUAAUGGGAAGUCAGAAGAGAUUCACUGCAAAGUAGUUAGUGUAACACAUAGGUUUAUUUUUAUUUUUAUGUUUUAACCUUUUUGUUUCCUGUUGAUAAAUAGUCAGUAGUUUGACUAGUGGCCUGAAGUUUAUAUACCAAAUGCAUUUGCUUGACAAAAUGACUAUUUGACAAACCAUCAACAAUCUAUUUGUUAAGACAGCUGGGCCAAGUACGUAUUUUUUUAAAGUGCAGGUUAAAAAUUGCCACUAGAUGGCAGUGCCUGUGUAGAUGGGGGAAAUUGCCACCAUUCUUAGUAUAUAAUACAGUGUGGUUGAAAUGGGGUCCUGAGCUUAAUAUUCCUCAGAACUUUCUCUUAAUAAAGUGAAUAAUUUGGAGAAAAGCAAGUAACAAAAUUUGAUUUUGGUUCUGAUUUUUUUUUUCUCUAGCACUCUUUUUGUUAAUCCUAAUAGUUUCUAACUUCCUAGAUACUGUUAGAUAAAUUUGUGUGCAUAAGUUUAUAAGACAUGUACUCACAGCUCCACAGUUUUCGUUCAGGAAACCAAUACUUUACUCUUGGGAAUUACAGAACCUUUUCCCCACUUCUCUCCCCAUCAUCUAAAAUGGCUCUGUAGGACAUAGAAUUAUGAUUUAUGGUUUAGUUAGUAAGAACUGGCUGUAGAAUUUUUAUCUCAAAAGACCCCCUAUCCAACAGCAGUAAAAUAAAGGGUUCUGCUGUAAUCAGGAUUCAAAGUGAUUAAAUUCCUUUUUUUACACUCCUUGUGAUAAGUAGGGACAUAAAGUACUGGAACAUUUUAUAUUUCCCCAUUUUUAGUUUCCUUUUUUACAACUUAAUAAAAAUCUUGGAUUGAAAUUAUUCUUAGCCAGUAAAAAUUUACUGGUUGUCCUAUUUGGUAUAUUCUAACUUGGAAAGAAUAAUUUGAAAUAAGUUUUGAAGUUAACUGAAAUAUAGAGGUUGGAUUCAUAUCUAAAAUUCUUGUGAAAGGUCUUGUUUAUUAAGUAUCAUUAAACUUUGCUUUUUAAAAUUUA